UUGAUUUACUCAUCUGACAACACUGUUUCGAUGUUUGUUUGUAUAUUAUUGUAUUUGUAAAAGAUUUAAAUCCUAUUUGUAGUAAAUAAAACAUAAAAUAUAAAUCAAAGCUAUCUAGCUUCGUGUGAUCUCUUUGACUGCUAAAUUGAAUUUCAUUUGAUUUAAUCCUGAAAAUCUAAAAGUAACCAUGGAUGAAGCAAUUCAGCGGCCCACGGAAAGCUACCAGUCGAUGCCACCUACCCACCCAUCUCUGAGUGGUCCAGGAAAUGCCAGUGGAAAGCACGAAGAAUUCUCCGUAGAAAAAAUUCUUGACCGUAGAGUGAAAAAUGGAAAAGUAGAAUAUCUAUUGAAGUGGAAAGGCUAUUCUAAUGAUGACAAUACUUGGGAACCAGAGGACAAUCUCGAUUGUCCUGAAUUGAUUUCUGCCUAUGAGGAUGCUCGGCAGAAGAAAGAAAGAGAGGCAGCGGCAGCUGCGGCUGCUCAGACUGAAGCUCUGGAUGAAAAUCUGACUUCUAGGAAAAGAGGAAGAAGGAAAAAGAGGGUUGAAGAAAUUGAAAAACCCCGUGGUGUGGACAGAGGGCUUCAACCGGAGAAGAUUCUUGCCGCUCAGCUUUAUAACAGUACAUUAUACUUUUUGAUAAAAUGGCAUGGAUGCACAGAUUGGGAUGUUGUGCCGGGUCGUGAUAUGAACCAGCAUUUCCCUGAAUUUGUGAUCCAAUAUUAUGAGAGCUGCGUGCCGUUUAGUGUCCGACAUAAGAUGGGGAGAAUACCAAGAGAAGCACCAGAACUUCCGCCAGAAGAAGUACCCCCUAUUCCUAUGGACACAUCGGAACCCACCGAGUCUACAGCGGAAGUGCCAACUGCAGAACAACCUACAGUUUUCAAGAAGGCUAAAACAAAUGCGGAAAACUGUAAAAACUAUUACAAUCGAAAGAAAGCGGCCAAGGAAGCUGAAAAAAUUCGGCAAGGCUUGUCAGUAACAAAAAAACCAAUAAAAAGAAAAACAGGAGCUGAACGUACUCGGGCUUGUAGGCUGCGAAAAAAAAUGCUUUCACAAGUAAACGAAUCGUCCGUGACUGAGACUUUAUCUAUCCCGUCAACUUCAAAUUCACUAAUAAGUACUUUUGAACCAUCAUCAUUUCAGUUAGCUACCACCAGUGCUAGUACAAAUCGACCAGAUGUCUCAACGGUGUCCAGUGCUGGUAUUGCUGAUCAUGAUCGUGAAAAUGUACACGAUUGAUUUUUAUCUACUUCAACACACGACAAUCGCAAACUCCUUAAUUGUACAAGCUGAGGUGCAUAUGGCUAAUUCUCCUGUGCUGUAUAAUCACAGUACAUCAGAAAACACUUUAUUAACAGACAUGGAGCAAAGCCGACUGCUUCAAGCUAAAGAAACUAUUAAGCAAUUAGCUGAUGCCCAGAAUUUACAUAUUUUAUACACUCGACACAUUGUACACGAUCAGGAGCGUGAUUUAUUAAAUCCAAGACGCGAUUAUGGAUCAGGAAUUACCUCCACCAAACGGACAAGCUAUUCAUUCUAAUUCUCCGGAGCUUGUACGAUAUUAAAGUUGAUGAGUCAUUCUUCAAUGAUAAUCAAAUUUAAGAUGAAAUUCAGCAAGACGAUUUCUGCGAAGAAAGUUUUACGGCUCAACAGCAGACAUUAUAGUGGAAUCAAGAACAAUACUUACGUAUUGCACCUGGUGAAGACAAUGUACCUGAAAGUUUAUUAUUUGAUGAACAUGCAGAGGAAUUUUCCUUUCCCGCAAUUUACUUGGGUCAGUUCCGUAAUUUUAGGAAUGUGUUUAGGUGUUAAAGCAACCCCUUUCUAUGACUUGAUGGCUUCUAGUGAGCUAAGACGAUCUGAUCGUUGUGCAGUUACACCAUUAUUUAUUAUAUAUGGCGAUAAAGAUUAUGAUUACGUUCAAAUACGUUGACGACCUCCGUGGUCGAGUGGUGUACGCUUGGUUUCAUGGUGUUGCCGACUCGAGAGGUCCCGGGUUCGAAUCCCGGUGGGGGCAGAUGUUUGUGUGAUGAAUACGAGCAGUUGUACUUCAGUCAUGGAUGUUUCAUAUGUAUUUCUAAAUAAAAAUAUACUUAUAUAUGUACAGUAUAUGUAUUGUAUCCGUUACCCUAGUAUCCCAUAACACAAGCCUUACAGUGCUUACUUUGGGGCUAGGCUAAUUGGUGUGAGUGUUGGAAAUAUUUAUUUAUUAUUUAUUUAUUUAAAUACCUUGGUAAAGAUACCAAAAUUACUCGGACACAAAUAGAAGAUGAUCAGUACGUUCAUAAUCGUAUUGAAAUCAAUCUUGCGUUUCUAAGAGCAAUUCCAAAUUCAACGUGGUAUUGGAUGGAUCACAAGAAAGAUCUCUUUGCUAUGAUCAGACAGUUUGGAAAACCGACUAUAUUUCUUACUGUCAGUGCCAAUGAAAUUGGAUGGAAUGAUCUGCUCUAAAAGAUCUACAAAUUCAAACAACGGUGAAACUAUUUCAGAAGAAAUGGCCCAGCUUCUCCAUUACUUUGAAAAAGCAGCUCUUGUCAAUGAGGAUGCAGUUACUUGUGCUAUAUAUUUUAACAAAUUGGUCAAUGUAUUAAUGAAUCUUUUACAAUCACCAAAAUUCAGUCCACAUAUAUACUAUUGUUGCUAGCUAAUGCACUUGAUAAAAACAGGUUGGAUUCUAUCGCAGUAAUUGAUUACUUGAUAUCUGUUUCAUCUCAAGAAGCAUCAAGUAACAUUAAAUUACAAAGACAGUAACAUACAUUCACAUGCUAUAAGAAAAUAGUGGCGAAUCAACCUCAGCAUUGCAGAUUUGAAGCACUUUUUAUGCCUUACCGAUCUUCUACAAUUUUAUUACCUAUGCAUAAACAAGAGUCUGGUUUCAAGAAUUAUGCUAAAUGUUACAAAGAUAUCCGGAUUAAUUUGGCAAAUAAUGAUUAGCAUGAUAUUGAUUUGACGAGACGAGCUGAAAUUAAUAGGCCACGAGUUUUUGUCAGGCGUCAACCAUGUGAAAAAUGGCAUAAUCCGUUUAACCCCUUUAUAUUUAACAUUGUUAAAUCGAACAACAUUGUUAAUGCGACAUAGUUGAUCGCUGAAGAUAAAGAAUAUUCAUGUGCUAGUUAUGUCGCAGAGUAUGUCAAUAAAGUUAACAAAGCCAUUAGUCAUCUUCAGCGAUUGAUUAUUGAAACUAUGAAUGAACAUCCAGAGUUUGAUGUCGUUGAAAUUACAAGGAAAAUAGGUGUAAAUAUGCUCAAUAGUGUUGAGAUAACAAGUCAAGAGGCGGCUUUGUAUCUGUUGCGAGAACCAAUGUCAAAGUGCUUUCUACUGUGGUCGUCAACGUAUAAGAAAAAGACAAAAAGAAUUAGACGUGAUAGGCGUAGGAGAAGAUUCAACUAAUAUUUGGAAAGAAAACUGGUUUGGCAAAUAUGAACGCCGACACGAAGAUUUUGAAAAUAUUAAAAUAACCGAAAAGAAUUUGACUCUUAUUUGGAUAUACAGAAAGUAACUGAACUUUCUCGAAAUUUAUAUUAAUAAUAAUGUUUAUUUUAUUCUCACAACAAUACAAAUAUUUUGUUAGACAUGAAAUAUUGUUUGUAUUAACAACGGAUAUAUUUACAGUAAUAUAUUGUGGAGAAACUGGUGUCUAAACUGGCCGAGAAGAUGGUUUCAAUUAUGAAACUGAAGUACAAGAUGUUGUUAACAUCGCAUCUGUACCAAAUCCAUUUCAAAUUUUAUAUAAGUAACAAUCCUCUUUCCGAUGUGAAUAGUGAUCUUCGUACUGUACUUAAUAAACUUGGACCUAUCAAUAAAAAACGAGAAAAUUUAAUGCCAAAUAUAGAGUUUUACGAAUUAAUGAGGGGGCAAAUGAUAAGCAAAGAGAGCUAUUGCUACAUGUCAUUUCAAAUCUAUCUCUAACUCCAAACCGUAGUCCAUUUUAAAUAUUUUUUACGGGUCCAGCUGGAUGUUUAUUUCGUCAUAAAACUUAUCAUGGAAAUUUAUUAACAAUACAAUGAGAAUGAUGUGCUUCAGCAGGCAAAUCUGCUGUUGCCAUUGACGGAACUACCGUACAUACUGCCCUAAAAAAAAGAGAUUACUUCCACUAAGC